UUCAUUGCAAUUAAAAUAUUAUUUUCAAAAAUAAAAAAACUGCUGCUGCUACAUUUUCUACAAAUAAUCAAUCGCGAUUAUGGGCGGGAAUAAGGGUAGCUGGAUUUCAAAAUCCAGCCACAGAAUAAACAAAUGAGAGAAAACCAUUUUCAAUUUUGAAUAAAAGAAAAGCUGAAAAAGUGGAUUUUGAGGUUUCUGCGCACUCUCUCCAUCUUCACAGCUUGAUAUCCACAAACAAGCACAUGCUCGUCUCUUUUUUCUUUUAUAUUUCCGAGUACCCAAAAAGAAGCACUUGAUUGCGUUCGAUGUGAUGCUGGAGCUACAAAUCCUUCCAUCUUCGGAGCGAGCAAAUGAACAUUCUGUGAAGUGCUAGUUGGGAAGUUGGACAAUAGAACAUUAGAUGGAUCGCAAGUGGUUGUGGAAAAAGAAGUCUUCUGAGAAGAGCUCUGGAGAAACUGACAGUUCAGGUUCAGUAUCUUCACACUCUGAGAGGUACUCUGAUGAACAGCAGGAAGCACUUAAGGCAUCUCCUAAUCAUGACACUCAAUCACCCGAAGUCACAUCAAAAGCUGCAUCCAAUGCUGAAGAUGUUAAUGAUAGUGUGAAGAGUCUAACAGAGAGAUUAUCAGCUGCUCUUGUGAAUGUUAGUGCCAAAGAAGACUUGGUGAAGCAGCAUGCCAAAGUUGCUGAAGAAGCUGUUGCAGGCUGGGAAAAGGCUGAAAAUGAGGCGACCGUUUUUAAGCUAGAACUUGAAGCUACAAUGCAGCAAAACUCAGCCCUGGAAGAUCGGGUAAGCCAUCUUGAUGGGGCCCUCAAGGAAUGUGUAAGGCAGCUUAGACAAGCAAGAGAGGAGCAGGAACAAGCCAUACAGGAAGCUGUGGUGAAGAAAACCCGUGAUUGGGAGUCUACCAAAUUAAAGCUUGAAAGUCAAAUUAUUGAGCUCCAGAGAAAAGCGGAAGCUAAUAGAUCUGAAGUUUCUGCUUUUGUGGAUCCUCAUCUUUCUCAUAAGCUUCAAUCUUUGGAAAAAGAAAACUCAGCCCUUAAGCUUGAGCUACUGUCUCAAGCAGAGGAGUUGGAAAUCAGGACAAUUGAGAGGGACUUAAGUACUCAAGCAGCUGAAACAGCCAGUAAGCAACACUUGGAGAGUAUAAGGAAGGUUGCAAAGCUUGAAGCUGAGUGCCGGAGGCUAAAAGCUUUGGGUUGCAAAAUACCUUUAGUUCAUGAUCAUAAAUCCAGUGCUGCUUCCUCAAUUUAUGUGGAGUCUUGCAUGGAUAGUCAAUCGGACAGUGGAGAACGGCUAAACAUGAUGGAGAUAGAUUCUCAAAAGAUGAAUGGCUCAGAGCCAAACAAGCGUGACCUGAAUUUCUCUGACUCGUGGGCGUCAGCCCUGGUUGCUGAGCUUGAUCAAUUCAAGAAUGAAAAGGCUGUUAACAGAAAUUUGCCGGCCUCUUCUGUUGAUAUUGAUCUCAUGGAUGAUUUUCUUGAGAUGGAACGACUUGCUUCAUUGCCACAUACUGAGGUUGGAACUAGUUGCCUAGAAUCAGAAGCCAUAAUUAAUCAGUCCAAUAAUGAAGAAAGUGCCUUGAGAGCUGAACGUGAAGCCAUGAGUCUUCGGACAGCUGAAUUAGAGGAUAAGUUAGAAAAUUUGGAAGUAGAGAAAGAAAAGUUGGAGGUAGAGAAAGCUGAACUUGCAGCUAUGAGUCAUCGAACAGCCGAACUAGAGCACAAGUUAGAAAAGUUGGAAGUAGAGAAAGAAAAGCUGGAAGUAGAGAAAGCUGAACUACAAACUGCUUUAGCCAAAAGUCAAGAAUGUUUUGAGGCAGCAGAGUUUCAGCUAAAAGAAGCAGAAAUGAAGUUGGAGGAGUUACAAAAGGAGCUAAACAGUGCAAGAGAAUCAAAACAGACUAUUGAGUCUCAGCUGAUUAGCAUGGAAGCAGAGGCGCGGACCAUGUCUGCCAAGGUUAAUUUCUUAGAAGCAGAGGUUCAAAGGGAGAGGACUUUAUCAGCAGAAAUUGCUGUCAAAUGUCAAAGUUUAGAGGAAGAGCUAUCAAGAAAAAAUGAAGAAGUCAAUCUUAAGAAAAAUGCUUGCUCAAAUGGUGAAUUGAAGAUAAAGCAGGAAGACCUAGCUGUAGCUGCUGGAAAGCUUGCCGAGUGUCAGAAGACAAUAGCAUCUCUUGGGAAUCAACUGAAAUCUCUAGCAACACUAGAAGAUUUCCUGAUUGACACUGCAAACAUACCAGGGUUCUCUGCUGUUGCACCACAGAUACCUAAAGCUGAUGACCAGUGGAAGUUUCAUUCCAAUGUGACAUUUUCACCUAAAAGAGAUUCUGUGUCAAAACCAGCCGAUGAGAGUUGUGGUCCUUCAGUAAAUAGAAAUGAGGAUACUUCACCACCAUCUUCAUCUUCAUCAACCUCAUCUACUGUAUUGUCAACUCAUGUCAGUUCUGAGAAGAAUCGAAACGGGUUCGCAAAGUUCUUCUCUCGAACUAAGAGUGGGAUACGACUAGAAAUUUAGCUAAGAUUCAUUCUUUAGAAGAGAAAAACAAUAGAUAUAAUUGAUUUUAUGGGUUUGUAUUACAGAGAAUUUAGUGCUUCACUGUAUUUUAAAGGUUGCUAAUUAAAUGCUGAUUAAUUGGCACAUUUUGUUUUCAAAUGAACAGUAAUAGAUCAAGCUCUGAAUGUCCACAGAUUUGCCC